CCCAGGGUUGGAGGGCCGAGGAGGGCCAGAAUUGCCCCUUCUCUGACCAAGGCGGGUCCGAGCUGGGGGUGCCCGCCGGGUUGGCUGACACCCACCAACAGGUGGAGCAUGGUGGUGCUCCGGUGGGUGGGGCAUGGGGGUGACUGUGGCCCUUGACGGGCUGCUGAGAGCACUUGGUGGGGCGGGUGGACGUGGCUGCCCUCGCGGCUGUGGCUUCCGCGCUAGUGCUCGGUGGCCACUGACCAUCCAGUUCCCUGCUCUGCCCAUGGUGGAGGGGACGUAGCUAGGCCCCCAGGACAGUGCCAGCCGGAAGCGCACACUCACCGACUCCGUCUAGUCUAGGCCUCGGGCGGGCGGCUGAGGCAGGUGGGUGGGAGGCAGCAGGGGAGGCGCUCUGAGCCGCAGGGGCAGGAAGUGAGGUGGGAGCUCGGCUGCACAAAGGCCUUCCUGGCCUGCCCCAGACAGAGCUGAGGAGGAGCCGGGCCCACGGCCGUGGUAAGUGCCUGCUCCCGCCUGCAGCCUGGACAGGUCCUAGCCCUCGGCGCCCACCGAGGUGGGGGCUUUGGGGGUCUGGGGUCUGGGAGGGCCAGGCCCUGCCGAGUCGGGCGAGUCAGCUGGGUCCCUUGGGAGAGCAUUCCCCUCCCCGGGUCUGGGCAGACUGGUAUCGACCUCCAGGGAACACCCCUCUCGCCCCCCGAUCUUGCCUCCCUGCUGCCGGGCUGUGCCAAUUGUGGGUGUCCCUCACUCCCAAACGCUCUGCCAAGCCCCCAGGAAGGGGACAGAUCCUGUGGCAGGGUAGGAGAGCCAGGGAGAAGUCGGAUGGGGACAUUCGGUGCCCACAGCAGCCCCCUCCUGCCCCCUGCCCCCCUUCCAGCUUGUUGGGGUGCUGGGCUCUGUAGUGAGUGGCUUGGGGGCAUCACCUGAGAUGAGGGGGCCACCCCCAGGCAGGGAUGACCACCGAUGAGGUCUGGCCUGGGGCUCACAGGCCCUGGGGCUUCCCCAGAUCUGGGGUGUGGUGACCACAGCUGGCCUUGGCCAGCACGCAGCUGCCCUGCUCCUCCUUGCUGGCCGUGCUCCGUUGCUGUGGUCACCCUCCCCGGCUCCAAUGGGGCCAGGCAGAGCACCCUCCACUCACUCACCUCCCCAGGAGCCCUAGCCAGAGGCGGGCGCCUCUGGGCAGGAGGGGCUGAGCCUGGGGUUUCCUGUGCUGAGUCAGCGCCCAGGGGGAGGGGCCGCCUGGCAGGGGCAGGGGCCAGGCUGGUGCCCUCAGCCUGCCUGCAGUGCCCCUCUCUCUUCUGCCCCCAGGCCCCUGGCUUCACAGGAUGGGGCUGCGGGUGCCCUGGGCCCCUCCUGCCCUCUGGGUCCUAGGGUGCUGUGCCCUGCUCCUCUGGCUGUGGGCGCUGUGCACGGCCUGUGGCAGGAAGCGGGAGCGGAGGCCCUGGGCCGGGCUGCAGGGCAGCGUGAUGCCCGCGGAAGCCGUGAGUGCCUGGCUGUCCCGGGGCCAGGGCGGGGCUGGCUGGGAACCGACCUGCCCGCCUUGCCCCCAGGCACUGCUGAGACGGACCCAGCUCCGCUCCCUCAGCAAGUCGGACACCAGACUGCACGAGCUGCACGCGGGUCCGCAAGGCUGCACAGUGACCUCUGCUCUGGCCCCAGCCCCAGCCCAGCGGCCUGUCAGCGUGGAUCUCCUUCGCCCCCACUGGCCAGAGAUGUCCAGGGCCCUCCCCAGGCUGCAAAAAGCCACCUCUGCCUUCCCACACCAAGAGCUGCCCCAGGGCCCACCUGCCGCCACACCCCCCAUGGGCCCCUUGGCCACUUAUUCCAAUGUGGGGCUAGCGACCAUGCCCAGGGCUGGCCUGGCAGCCAGCCCUGUGGUCGCCGAAUACGCCUGCAUCCAGAAGCUCAAGGGAGCACAGAGGGGCCCCCAAGAACAGCAGGGGCGGGCCAAGGAGUCCCCAGCUGCUCAGGUGGACACCCUGUACUCCAGGGUCUGCAAGCCUAAAGGGAGGGACACAGGACCCACCACAGCCCCGCUGGACCCCAAGGGCAGGGGAGCAGUUCCAGCCCUGGGCAGUGACGAGGCCCGUGAGGCCGUCCCGCUCAGGAGCCUGGGUGUGGACAGCGGCCCCCUGGAAAACGUGUAUGAGAGCAUCCAGGAGAUGGGGGCGCACGCGAGCCCAGAGCCCCCAGCUCUGGCUGUCAGCAUUAGUGGACAUAAGCGGGCCACCUGGGCCCCCUGCUGCCACCUGCCUCAGCCCGGGGAGGGACUGGACACCCCUCCCUGCCCGAACACUCGAGUGCCCACGUCCCGUGCUCCACAGUGAGGCCCGUUCCCCCUCCGCAGCCGGCAGCACCAACCCCAGGUCUCAGGGCUGCCGGGCUGCGCGGUCCCUGAGGUGCGCGCUGCUCUGGCAGCCCUGGCCUCCCGGCCCGCGUCUAAAUAAAUGGCAUCGCCGGGCAUGAACACG